AUGGCGUUAGAACCGGAAGACCAACAACCUUUUCUGGGCUUUUGGGAUCAUCUCAAUGUACGAAAUUCCCUGGGAAAUAGUGAGGCCGAACAUUGCGGUCCUUGCUGUGAACCAUCGGCAAAGGUGUCACGAAAAAGCAAGCUCUUGAGAGACGCUCUUGUAUUUCUUGCGACUUCGUUGAUCUGGGCUGGCUUGUUCUACCUUCUGGCGUCAAAUCAACCUAACAGCACCAUGGGAAACUUUCCGGAGGUAAAAAAUCACGGUGGCAAGAGCCUAACACAGAGUGACUAUCUUCCCGCAUCUCAUAACAUCACAUCAAACGCCAAGUACAUCUCAUGCGGUUCAUCGAUAGCCGAGGCGAAGAAAAGUGGGUGCAGGUACGCUACUCUAUUGAACUACUGGGUUCCUUCUCAAUGCUUCGACCAAGAGUUUGAGACGGAAUACCAGGAUGACGAUAGCUGGACUGCAUUUGAGGACAAAGCCUUAACUCAGAGCAUCGCCCCAGAAGCCAUGGGCGAUCAAGAGGUCUACUACACUUCCAUUCGAGACCACUUGAACCACUGCUCUAUGCUUUGGAAAAAGCAAUUCUGGACAUUGUUUGAGGACCGCACUGCGUUUGACGGGGUGAUUGUGAAUUCAUUCCACACAGAGCAUUGUGCUGAGUUUCUAAAGGACAUGUAUGGUUCAAAUCGGACCGAACCGACACUCGUAAGAGUUGGCUUUUCAGGAUGCUGGGUUCGAGAAUAG